GAGUUUUAUUGGAUAGUUCUCUUCCCCAGGGCCUCGGUCGCUGGAGUCUCGGGGCCGCGGGGUAGCAAAGUGGAGGUUGGGUUGUGCGUCGUGUGUUUAGAUUGUAGCUAGAGGCUGCCGUUGGAUGUCACAUGACGGGCAAGAUGGCCGUCUCUACAGAAGGUGAAAUGGGUGCAGACUUGGAGGCCUCACUGCUGAGUUUUGAGAAGUUGGACCGGGCUUCACCAGACCUCUGGCCAGAGCAAUUACCAGGUGUUGCUGAAUUUGCUGCUUCUUUUAAAAGUCCCAUCACCAGUUCUCCUCCCAAAUGGAUGGCUGAGUUAGAGAAUGAUGACAUUGAUAUGUUGAAAGAGCUGGGGAGUCUCACAACUGCUAACCUAAUGGAGAAGGUCAGAGGUCUACAGAAUCUGGCAUAUCAGUUGGGACUUGAUGAAUCUAGAGAAAUGACCCGAGGGAAAUUCCUGAACAUCCUGGAAAAACCAAAAAAGUAGCCGAAAGUGGACUAUGCACAGAAAUACACCAGACUAACGAAAAACUACCAGAAUUCUACAUAUGCUGGACUGGAAGGCAACUGGCCGCCUGUAGCUUACAGAAAUGCUCUUUGCCUUGUUGGUCCUUUUUGUGAUGAGAAGCACUAAUUUGGCAAGCAGAGACCAAAUCCCUCGGCAGGGCUAUUGUACCCCAUGGCCUUUAUCUACUCCUCAGACUUCUGCCAAAAGAAGUUGAUGAUUUUUUUUACACAAUUCCAUCAGAGUAAUGGUCUGCAACACAUGAUAUUUAAAGUAAGAUUCUUUUAUGGUCCUGCCAUGUGCUUCUGGGUCAUGUGUACAAGGCUGUUUUGUGUCUUUCUUUUCCCUUCUUAGCACAAGAACAUCUUUUGUGUUACUUCCAUGCAAAAAGAUCUAAUUGAUUGCUGGAUUUUAAACAAUAUAAUGUUGUAUAUUUAUAUAUUAAUUAUUUAAUAAAACAGAUUGUAUUGGUUAACCCUUGUGUGGGUGGGCUUUCUGACAAGGUUGCAUUGUGUGUGGCUAAUAAGAACUCACAAACAUCAAAUAAAAGAUGUUGUAUGUUACCAUUCUUUUCAUCAUAUGGGUUUCAUUGCUUCAGGUACUUGUUGGCACAGGGAGCUACAUAUCAGCCCUGAACUUUAUUUCUGUUUAGUAUUUAACUGCCAUAAUAUUGAUAAGUGGGAUAAGGAACUGGAAGGCAUCUUGCCUCACAUCAUUAAUAAAAAAUAAUGCUGUGAAAUAGAGAGACAUGUGCUAUUCACUCAGAUUUAACAGUAUGUCCUGUUUCUAUCCAGUUUGGUUUCAGUCUCUAGCUGAGUCACUUGAAGAAGACAAAGUGAAAUUAAAAACUUUCUAAAAUGGAAUUUACAUUGCCUUUACAUUGUUUUUAGAACUCUAGUAAAUAAAUUAAGCAAAAUUGGCUUCUCUAGCAAGAGAACAAUCACAAUUUAUAUAGUAUGUAUCUACUCUAGUAAAUAAAUUAAGCAAAAUUGGCUUCUCUAGCAAGAGAACAAUCACAAUUUAUAUAGUAUGUAUCUCCUGAGCGGGGCACACUUAUAAUUGCUCAUCACAAGAAUCACAGCAGGGCUUUGCUUUCAGAUUCCUUUCUCUAGAGCAGAAGUAAUAAUACUAAAGAUUACAAUACAGCCAAUCAUAAGCACUUUUAAGUUCCAUUAAUUUUAAUGGGGCAGUUAUACAUAUGCUUAAAUGGCACCCAUUGUAAUAUUUAAACUUAAAGAGUUUCAUGAUUGUUGAGAUGCAGCCUGUAAAACUAUGACAUUUCCUUGUGACUCAGAAAAAAUACUUUAAAAUAUAGGAGUUUGGUCUAAAUCUCUCUCUCUCUCUCUCUCUCUCUCUCUCACGCACACAAAUUUCAGAGACUGAACAGGCACUUUACCUAGCACAUAGGUGAAAUAUCUGUGUUGUACAGCAGACUUUUUUAUUUGCUACAUUAUUUGUUUCUGCCUUCAAACUUCGAUGUAUUUGUCAACCAGAGUAUAUGCUUUUAUUAAGCAUAAGUAGUUCAGUGAAGUCGUUGCCAAAUUGAAGCAGGUGAAGUUUUUCACAUGAUCAUAUUUUUACAAGACUGGAACUUAACUGUGAAAAGAUCACAACCAGGCUGGUGUGGGAGCAAGAUCGCAAGUGACAGUGAAAAGCAGACAAAAAUUGGCAGCAGGAGGAACAAGCUGAACAGAUGAGUGGGUACGUUUGUAUGCAUUUCUACCUAAUUUUUAAUUUCUCCUUAAAAAACUCAAAUUCUUGCUUUUAUUUGGUUUGCAAUGUUACUUAUUUUUACAGGUUGCAAAGCUAUUUAUUUUUCAUUACCACUUAUUUCAAUAGGGCAUAUAUUAAGCUUUGCUUUAACUUCUUGUAUUAAAUAAAAUAUGUGGGAUGCUAUUCACUUUCACUGCAUUGAGCAUUUGCAUUUCAAAGGGUCUUGGAAUAUACUACAGGUUUGGGAAACUGAAAAGGUUAAGCAACACAUGGAAACUCCACAUUAUUGGCCAAGUCAUAAAUCCAAAAUUUGAUUAGUUGCUACUUUUCUGUAUUUAAAAAAAAAUCUGGACAUUUCUCCUUUAUGGCCAAGGCAUUAAAGUACAACAGUGAGCUUGUGUUAUUUAUAUAUAUUUAUAUCCAUAGGUAUGUUAGCAUUGUAUUUUUAUAGAUUAUGUCAUUUGUAUUAUCCUGAGAAGUAAUCUGUCUUUUCUGGGUUGGUGUUCAUAUAAAAAGAAAGGUGAAGCAAUGUGUAUUUUC